UUUUUACGAUUACCACUAAUUUAUAACAAAAACAUUGGUGUUCGCGGAAAACAAUAAACACAAAUCACUUCUAAAACCGUUCACGUUCGUAGAAGCAAUUAAAAGUCGGCGUUAAUAACAGGGGAAUUAGUGAGAGAUACCAUUCGGUAUUGAAAGAGCAAGACCUACGUCGAAUUUACCAAGUUAAGUCGCCAGUUAAUCUUAUCAGAAAGUCACAAUGUUAAAAAAAAAUUUCGUGCAAAAUACAGAGAUAAAAGAUAGUCGUUGUGAGUCAAGAAAUUAAUUAAGUUAACUUCCGACAGAGCACAAGACAUGGCGCUAAACGGCGAGAAAUCCUUGGUGGCUUUUCUUUUAGGGGGUAUUACAGUUAUUGCCCUGCUAAUCCAAACCUCCGAGGCGGCCGCAAUAGAAGGACGAAUUAUAUCGGGAUCGCAGGCGAAACUGGGCCAAUUCCCGUGGCAGGUGAUCCUGAAGAGGGACGAAUACGAUGAUCUACUCUGCGGAGGAUCUAUUAUCUCGGCUACUUGUGUGCUGACUGCCGCACAUUGCACCGUUGGUCAAUCCUCGAUCUUCCUAAUCUUCGGCAGCGUGCAGCUGGAUAAUGCGAGUGCCCAGAGCAUGACCUCCACGAACAUCAUUGUGCAUCCGAACUACAAUGAGAAUCUGAACAAUGAUGUGUCGCUUAUAAAACUCCCCGAGGCACUAGUAUUCUCUACCAACAUCCAACCCAUUCAGCUGGUUUCGGAGUCGCAGAAAUCGAACAGUUUCGUGGGCAAUACAGCAAUUAUCGCCGGUUUUGGACUGAUGGACGAUGAGUAUCUGGACUAUUCGCAGGAUCUGCUGUACGCCAAGGUGGAGGUUAUUAAUAACCAAGAAUGCCUGCCCAUCUACGGCUCCAUUGUCGUGCUGGACUCCACUUUGUGUGCCCGCGGUCAUGGCGGCAGCAACAUGUCCAUUUGCAGCGGCGACUCCGGCGGCCCGUUGAUCGAAUACAAUGCCACCAAUGGCCAGUGGCAGCAGAUCGGCAUCAAUUCGUUUGUAGCCGAGGAUCAAUGCACCGCCAGCUAUCCAUCGGGCUAUGUGCGGCUCACCUCUUUCUUGAGCUUCAUUGCCCAGAAUACAGAGGAUGUUGUGGUGUAGAAUGUGAUGAAAUGGUUGAAAUAAAUAAUGAAUAUGAAGCAA